AUGACAUCACAAGUGGUGACCGCAGAAGCGCCACAAGAAGACAAACCCAUCGAUAGGGAGAAGGUAUGCAUCCGCGAUGAAGAAGCGCACAAGGAUAGUGACUUACCAGCCGUGUUGUUGACGUUGCUGAUGAGCGCUUUGCUAACAGGCCGAUUACUCGAGGUCCACAUGUGCACCUGGCUGCGGUGUCUCAAAGAGAUCACAGGACUCGUGAAAGAAGUGAAUCCCGAGUCUCGCCGAAAGGGAACGUUCUUUGACUUCGCGCUCGUAUACCCCGACCCGCGGACUCCCGCCUAUCGUAUGCGAGACGUCGGCUCCACCUGUAGUGGCAGUAAAGGUCCAGACGAUGGCAAAACUCUGGCCGAAAGUCGGUUCCAAAUCGGAGUGAUAAACCUAUAG